UAAAGUAAUAUCACGAAUAAUUAGUAUUUGAGAGUCUCAAUGAUAUUCCCCAGGAUGCUUGAAACAACAUUUUUCCCGACAGAUUUGGGGCGAUUCAUUCAUAGUACAUUUGAUGAGCCCUUGUUUUAUUUUAAGGAAAAUUUAGCUGAUAGGACUUUAUCACCAAGGAUUGAUAUGUCAGAAUCAGCUAAAGAAUAUUGUGUUGAAGUAGAAUUACCGGGAUUGAAAAAAGAAGAAAUUAUAAUUGAAUUUGUUGAUCAAAAAACAAUUGUAGUUCAGGGACAUAUUGAGCGACUAAACUGUAAUAAAUCAAAUGGUGAUGGGCCGAUAGUGGAGGAGAUAGUAGAUGAAGAACCUAAAUCUAAAAGCAAAUCUACAUCACUUAAAGUUUGUGAAAAAAAUGUAUUAAAAAAGUCGCCUCGUGUUACUUAUUGGUAUAAAGAACGAGCUUUUGGUGAAUUUAGUCGUAAAAUCUGUUUCCCAACAAAUGUUGAUAGAGAUCAUGUCAAGGCGACUUUAGAAAACGGAAUAUUGAAGAUUACAGUUCCUAAAUCAGCUUGUUCAGUUACUAGAAGGAUUGCUAUUGAUUAAAUUUUUAUAAUGUUUUUUGGUUUUGUAGUUUUUGUGUUUUUUUUUGCAAUUUAGAAUCGAUUAUAAUUUUUAGUAAUUAGAGUAUAUUUUUAUGUAGAUUUUCUAUAUUUGAUAAAUAGGUCCAGCACCUAAAUUUAUUGAGUAUUUUAAUAGAAUAUUUAAAUAUAUACAUAUUUCACCAUCAAAAAAGAACAAAUUUUGAAUUGGUCUUUCUUGUUUGCUCAAGACAUUUAGAAUAUCUUGAGCCAAGAUGCCUCCAAUAACUGAUGCAACAGGUGACCAUUUACAAUUGGCCUUUUUUGCUAAAUUACUAUGUUUAUGUUCAUGAUAAUGUUUAAGUAAAAAAAUAUACUUACACAAGUACAUUAUUUUCCAAAAUAUCUUCAGAUAAUCCAAAUUGUGAGUUUAUUUCUUUAAUUAGAGAAAGAUAUUGUGUUAUCUCUUCAGAAUUAGAGGGAAAAUGAGAAAAUUUCUGCUGAAAUUUCCAUAGUCCUUUGAUUUUAUAAGACAAAAUAAAAAUUAAAUACUUAUUUUACCUAUUAUCCCCGGAAGAAGAGGAGAAACCUUCUUUUUACGUUUUUGCGUUAGUGUUUCUCCAUAUUUAUGAUGAAUAAUUUCCGAAAGAGGAUAAUAAUGUUCCGUAGAUUGAAUUCUUACACUUUCUUUGAGUCUUCCUGACAUUUUCUUUUCUCUAAAAUAUUAAAAAAUAUCUAUACAAGUUAUAAAUAAUACAUGCUAUAUGUAUGUUUAAUCAGAUCCGAAAAAAUAUAUCCAUAAAAUCCAUACAUAGCACAGCUAUAAAAUGCAACUUUGUAUUUCCUACAUAUUGUAUUUAAACGCAUCUUCUUGCAUAAACUAAUCGUCUAACUCAUAAUAUAUAUUUACCAUUAAAUCUAAUUCUAAUUCACAACUAAUAACAAUAUCGAACGAUGAAAAGUAAUCAUCCGGGACCUCAUAAAUGUUUGUAGUGUUUGCAAUAAGCUUUACUGACGAAUUAAACUUUUUUAAUACAUUCGAUACUGCUUCUGCGUACUAUAUAUCAGUUAAUUCCCCCAUUUUAAACCCUUUGAAAUUACUGUUUUCCCUAUGUCAGUGACAUUGAUACAGAAAUGUGCAUUUGACUCAAUAUUCUUGAUUUUUUCUCCGUCCAAAAGCGUUAAACUGCCAAUACCCGCUAAAACAAGAUUUUUACCUAUUUCUUCCGCCAAUUCGCGAACACCAACAAGAAGAACAUGAGAAUUGCUUAUACU